AUAUAAAACUGAUGAACAACUGAGUCUAUCAAGCAAGCAACAGUGGCCACUGAAUUGUUGUCUGUAGGUAAUUAAACACUACACACUUCUUCAAUCAAUUUGUUGUCAAUCCAUUAUGUGUGGGAGGUGGUCCAUUCAGCUCCUCUAAAACAUCACUAUGUGUACCUUCAGUAGUAUUACAUUGAUACUUAUAUAUGCCGUUUCCAAAUUUUAUGGAUUACAUUCUGCCGACACAUCAAUUUGGGGACCAGGUCUUAAUCCAUUAAUUGUUUUGCCAGCUCGUUACUUUUAUGUUCAGUAUGACCAGGAAAAAUUUAAUAUUGCAGACUUUAAUGUACUAAUAAGUGGUAAAACAAAAAAUGGUAAUAAUUGUCGCAUUUGGACAAAUAUAUUGGAUAGAAAAGAUGCAUCAUUUAUAGUCCGAUAUAAAUUGUAUGAAGUUUGCUAUGAAUUCAGCAUAUUAGUGGAAAAUAAAAAAACAUUAAAAAAGUACUGGAAUCAUUUUGAUCAAGGACCAAUUUAUCCAGACGAAUGUGAUUGCUCAAAAGUAUCAAUUGAUACAUGGUUAUCAAAUACUAAAUGCAGAACUAACAUCGAACAAAUCAAUAAUGAUCUCAAUCAAUUUAAGAAUGUAAAUUUUAAAACUGUAUUUGGGAAAAUGGCUAAAUUUUAUAGUCAACACCCACACAGCACAAGUGUUUGUCAUUAUGUUGUAAAGAAUAAUUUAAUAUUCCGAAAAUGCUAUGGAGAAUACACAGGAUUUAAGAUGUUUAUGGAUAAUUUAUUACUGUCAUUAAGUCGAAAGGUAUUUUUACCAGAUUUAGAAUUUUUUGUAAAUUUGGGAGACUGGCCUUUAUCAUCACCUAAAGAACUAUUUCCUUUAUUUUCUUGGUGUGGAUCAAAUUAUUCUGUUGAUAUUGUGAUGCCUACAUAUGAUAUUACAGAAUCAGCACUUGAAAACAUGGGAAGGGUAACCUUAGAUAUGUUAUCAGUUCAAGGAAAUAUUGAAAAACCAUGGUCACAAAAAAUUGAAAAAGGUUUUUGGAUGGGUCGUGAUUCUAGUAAACAUAGGUUAAAUCUAGUAGAACUUAGUAAAAACAAUGAAGACAUUCUGAAUGCUUCGAUAACAAACUUUUUCUUUUAUAAAGAUUUGAAAGAAAAAUAUGGUCCAGGAAAGAAGCCUAUUUCUUUCUUUAAAUUCUUUGAUUACAAAUAUCUAUUAAAUAUUGAUGGUACUGUUGCUGCUUAUCGGUUUCCAUAUCUAUUAGUGGGUGAUUCGUUGGUUUUCAAACAAGAAUCUGAGUACUAUGAACAUUUUUAUAAAGAACUGUUACCAUGGGUUCAUUACGUACCAGUAAAAAGACAUUUAGAUGAUUUGUUAAAUCUGAUAGAUAUUAUGAUGAGUGAUGACAAGACUGCGAGAAAAAUAUCAUUAAAUGGCCAAAAAUAUGCAAGAGAACACUUAGCACCUCAUAACAUAUUGGGAUAUUACUUACUGUUAUUUCAAAAUUAUAGCAAAUUUUUGACCUCAGUAGAAGUCCGUCCUAAUAUGGAUGCAGUAAUAAGUAGUCCAAACAGUCCUAAUCAAGUAUCCUGUCAAUGUGAACCUGAACUUCCCAUGCAAAAUAUUAAGACGGAACUUUAAUAGUCAUUAUUUAAGAUUAAUUAUUUUUCAGUAAAAAUAAUAGAUGUUUAAAUAUUUUUUUUAUUUUAAAAUAACAUUUAUUAAUAACCAAACUCCUAUCUCUUAUUGUAUUGAAUCUCAUAAAGUAUUUUUGAUUCUUGCCAACUCUUCAAGUCAGUUUAUUAUGAUUUAUAA